GUUAAGAUUCAGUAAGAGUGUCGUCAUUUGAAAGCAGAAGCUCCUGAGAGCACUUCCUUUAAUGACAUUUCCCACCUCCUGUGAGAGUGAGAGGUUUAGGUGUUCAGAGAUGUGCGUCCUCUUCUCUUCAGAACAGGAUCCACUCGCUUCUUGACCGGUAUGGAGGCAAAAUGGAGACUGUUCUUCGUUCUGCUUCUGCCACUGACUGCGUGCGAAGUGACUAUAGUGAAAACCAUCGGGAGAGGACCAGACGUCACUGAAAUAUGUGUUAAUACUACACUGAGUCCCAUCAUAAUCAUAAUGUGUAAGAUCAGAACAGAAAGGAGCGGAGCAGAGUGUUUUCUGCAGUAUGAACCGAUAGAGGGCUUCGAGCAACAAUGUGACUCCAGGUUCUCUCUGAAGACGGAGAAUCAGACUGUGUUUCUCCACCUGAUGAAUUUAACAGCAGAGGAUAGUGGGAACCACACCUGUGAAUGUUCUUAUCCUGAGGGAACAUAUAUCUACCAUCUGAACAUCACUGUGGAAGAAGACAGAGAGGAAAGCAGUUCAACACAAAUGCAGAUUCCAGGUAUUUUGAUUGGUGCAGCUGUAUUCAUCAUCAUAACUGCAGUUACCAUCUGGUGUGUCUGCAGGAGAAUACAUCAAGGUGUCUGUUCAAGGUCAGCCACAUCUGGAUCAUCUGUGUGUGAGAAUCCCGGUAAUUUGGAUGGAGAUGACCCUGAUGACCCCUACACAGCCCUCCAACAGCCAGACAGUGAUCUCUACCAGAGUGUCUCUAAUUCAGCCGGCAGAGAGACGGGUGCUUUGGAGAGCCAGAAGAAACACGGCAGAGAGACUGAUGCAAGCUGCAAACUCUAUGCUAACAUGUAACCAAAGAUCAAGAGAACAGCUCUGUAUAACAUGUUGACACUUUUGAGAUGAUCCUACAAUAAUAUCCCUUUUUGUCAUUAACAAAUCCGCGUUGAUUAUUCAAACUUUUUGGGUUUAAUGAUGG